AUGGAGCGAUCUGUGAGCGUAGUUUUGGACGAAGGGGCUUGUAUUUCUGUGUACAUCACGUCAGUGAAAUGCUCGUUGGGGGUAUGUCGUUUUUGGGCCCAGUGCGAUACUUCGUCCGCUACUCAAUUCCAAACAUUGAUGGAUAACUGCCAACAAUUCAUUGAAAAUGCCUCGUGUGUGGUAAAUGAGAGAUCUCUUGAUAUCGGUGAUUUGUGUUUCGCAAAAUAUUCAGAUGAUUCGAAGUGGUAUCGUGGCCGAAUUUGUGGGUGUUGCACAACGAAGGGUUACUUCAACGUAAAUUUUAUCGACUACGGAAAUUCAGAGCGUAUUCCAUUUUCGGACAUCCGAUUUGUGGAAGACGUUAUGGUUGCUGGCCCCUCGUCCACACAGCCUGCCCAGGAGAUUUUAUUCGGAACACCGGCCCUGGUAACCGAGUGUAUAUUAGCUAAUAUCGAGCCCGUUGGUGAGUGGGAUUGGGACGAAGCUGCCGUCAGUUACUUGACUGAGUGCUUGGAAUACGAGGAAUUUACUGGCACGGUUUUGAAAGCAAGCGGGAACGCAGUCCUCGUUCAGUUGAAUUUUUCCAAUGGUGGGUCGGUGGCAGAUCAGAUGGUUCAGUUAGGGUUUGGAAAGUCAUGUGACAACAGUCAUAUUUUGCUGGACACUUUCAAGAGAUUGGAACUACCGGUUGGUUAUGAAGAUGAUGUCUGUAUGGCAUGUUGCAUCUCCCCUGAACUGUUCUGGGUGUAUUUAAAAUCUGCCCCAAUUGAUGAAAUGACUGCAAAAGUUAGUACCUACUAUAGUGGCCUACGUGAAAAAGAUCAUGAGCUGCAGCCAAUCAGGAAAGGUACUCCGUGUAUUGUCAAGUACUCAGGAGAUGAGGGAUUCUACAGAGCAGAAGUUGUUGAAGUAUUGGACUACGAAAAAUGCAGAGUCCAAUUUGUAGAUUUUGGUGACUCUGAAAUCACUUCUUUCUCCAAUAUCAGAGAAGUUCAUUAUAGUUUUUUGCAAACUCCGGUUGGUGCCCUGGAAUGUGCAUUAGAUGGUGUUUCUAGUUUAACUAAAGAAGCAGCUGUGUCUUUGGCCAGGUUAACUGUCGAUAAAAACGUGAAAGCAGUUGUAGACUCAAAAAAUCAGAAUAAAUUAUUUGUCCACUUGUACCAUGUCCAUGAUAAUACCGCAGUUGAUAUUGCUGAUAUAAUGGUCCGAGAGAAACUGGUUGAAUACUCUCCUGCUGAGCCACGAUGCAAACAAAUUAAGCUGGAGACUUUGCAGUUAAAACUUUGGUCCUACCAUUCUGUGUAUGUCACCCAUGUUGAUGAUCCAUUCAAUAUCACUUGCCAGCUGGCUUCUAGCACUGGUGAUAUCGACGCUAUCAUGAGUGAACUAGCAACAGCUUGUGGACAAGGAAACACAACAAGUUUACAGUCUUAUGAGAUCAUGACCCGGUUUGUUUGCUGUGCAAAAUAUGCAGUGGAUGGUGAAUGGUAUCGAGCAGAAAUAACUAAAAUUGUUGAUGUCGAUAAAGUAGAAGUGAAGUACAUAGAUUUUGGGAAUAAAGAAAUUGUUUCAAUAUCGCAACUCCAGCCUCUACCUGACAACUGUUGCCAGCCAGUCCAGGGAAUCAGCUGCAAUCUUGCCUAUGUGAAACCGUCUGCCGGUGGGUGGUCUAAGGCCGAGAAAGAUUGGUUAUUGGAUGCAAGUGAUGGUUUUCUACUGAUUGCAUACAUUAUCGGGAUUGACAAGAAUGGGCGAUACUUGGUGGAAUUAUCAGAAUCCCAAAAUGUGAUCAAUAUGAAAAUGCGUGAGAGAUGGCCACUAAAAAACCAAAUAUCAGACAUCACUGCAGAGGCACAGAAGGUAAUCGAGAAAGUAGAGUCACCUGUGGUCCAGAAAGAAGAAACAAAACAUGCUGAUCAUGUGCAAAAGACAGUAAAUCAUGCUCCUGAGAUUGUAAGUGUGGAAUUAAAACAACCAGAUAUUCAACCAGGAACAAGAUUGUCGGUAUUAGUCACAACUGUUAUCACUGUUUCCAGCUUCUACUGCCAGCUGACUAAUCAUAUUGAUUUACUACAAGAUAAAUUGCAGAAGUUUUACACUGCCCUCACGCCAUCUGAUUUGCGAUUUACUGGCAAGUCGGUUUACUGCUGCGCACGUUUCACUGAAGAUGAUAGCUGGUACCGAGCACAAAUUGUGAAAACUGACAAAACUGAAGUUGAAGUUCUAUACGUUGACUAUGGAAAUAGUGAGAAGUUGCCCAUUUCUCGACUGAAACAACUGACGGCGGAGUUUGCUGUGGAUCCUGUCCAGUCUGUGUUGUGUUCGUUAACAGAAUGUGUUUAUCGAAGUCUUGCAAGUAUCCCACCUGAGAAUAUUGCUACAGAGUUUCAGAAAUUGGUUUCACAUCGUGAAAUGUGUGCAGUAGUGCUGAGUAAAGUACUCGAUGGUCGGCUUGUGGUAGAGCUUAUUGACAGUGAAUUAGGCCUAGAUAUUGGUUCCAAAUUGGUGGAGAGUUUUGGAUUGCAAAGGGCUGGUACACCACCAUCACUUCAAAUGAAGAAAUCACCAACGAUAGUAAGAUUUUCUGAGUCAGAUGAGAGACAACUAUCUCCAGUGCCAAUAGAUCUUGAUUUCCAGAAAAUGAAAAUGAAGGUUGGAUGUCGAGAAGAAGUUCUUGUUACUCACUGCAGUGAUCCGGAACACAUCUGGUUUCAAGUUUUGGAAUAUGAUGCUGAUCUUGGCCAGCUGAUGGUUGAUAUUGAUAAGUAUUGCACAGGUACAUCGCGGGGAAAUAAUUCUGUAGCAUGCGGGCUGGGCGUUAUUUGCCUUGCACAAUACACAGAAGAUGACCAGUGGUAUAGAGCAGUGAUUACUGGCGUUCGUAAGAAGGGAGAUGUCGAAGUACAGUUUGUUGACUAUGGAAACACGGAGAUGUUGUUACAAGCUAGAUUGAAACCGAUAACCAAACAGUUUUUAGAUCUCCCUGCCCAGGCAGUUCGUUGUUCGAUUAUGAGGGAUGUACAGACUACAAAUAUAAAUUGGUCUCCAGAGCAGAUUAAGCAGCUGCAAGACAUGAUCCUGAAUAAAGUAUUUACAGUCAGUAUUACUCAACAUGAUGAGGUAGAAGAUGCAUACUACGUUGAAUUGUAUGAUGAAGCGCAAAUGUGUAUCAAUCGUAAGUUCAAAGAUUCGUGUAUGACCCAUAACAAGAUGUUAGACAAACCACAAUCUGCAGUAACCAAGUUAGUUGCUAACGGUUACCAUGAUACACAAACAAAACCACCUACUAUUGACCAGCCUUCGAAGAAAACCAUGUCAUCGGUGAUGAGAUGUGAGAUGGAAACUCCUUAUAUUCAACAAAUACUGGAAGAAGGGUCCUACUAUGAUGUGUUGGUAUCGUAUAUAAAUAGCCCAAGUCAGUUUUGGUGUCAGAUGUGGAAACACGUUCCGGAGCUAGAUAUACUGAUGGAUCAGAUUGCUGAGGUUUACUCUAACAGAGACAUUGGCGACUUGGCAAUUACAACCCCCCAUGUUGGUCAAAAAUGCUGUGGUCAGUUUACAGAGGAUGAUGGAUGGUACCGUGCUCAGAUCGUCGCCAUUGACGGGGAGAAUCUGACUCUUAUGUAUGUUGACUAUGGCAACUCAGAAACGUUACAUAUACAGAGAGUCAAAAAGCUCAAACCGGAUUUUGUCAAAUUCCCAGCACAGGCAUUUGUUUGCCGUUUAGAUGGGCUAAAACCCGCUCAUGCCACGUGGUCACUGGAAAGCGUACAGAAUUUUGAAUCACUGACUGGGGAGAAGAGACUUGUUGCUAAUGUGGUCAAAGUGGAAAAAUGCGGCCGUGUAAUGGUGGAUCUUAUUGAUACAAACGGUACAGAUGACUUAUCAAUCAAAGAUGUCCUGGUAGCAAACCAGCAUGGUGUGUCUACUUCUCCUGACAUCCCCAAAUCAUCAAAGUCAAGUGGUAUACUGUCUCCUAUCAAAGCUGCACAAGUAACUAGCAACACAUGUACCCCCACUGGUACGACCAAAUCAGCCAAUAGCAUUCUGACCCCAGCAACACUGUCCAAAGUCACUCCCGAUGUUAGAUGUCCAACUGAAAGCCGAGCAAAAGAUUCAGCGAAUCGUGUUGUGCCACCAAUCUCUCCAGGGCCACUGGUGUUUCAAGAAAUUAACUACAAAAAAGAUGAAGUUAUAAGUGUUACUGUCACUUACAUUAACAGCCCGGCUGAAUUUUGGUGCCAACCAAUCAGAACGUCCGACCAAUUCAAUGCCCUAAUGGAUAACUUGGAAUCCUACUACGCCAAACUUGGUGACUCAGAGGGAAUUUUGACGCAAACAACUGUCGGUAAGCAGUGUGUUGCUCAGUACUCAGUUGAUAACGGUUGGUAUAGAGCAGUCAUUGUUGCCCGGCAACCUGGCAAGAUGAAAGCCUUCUUCAUUGACUAUGGUAACACUGAACUCAUUACUGCGAACAAAGUCAAAGAAAUUCAGCCAGCGUUUACAGAGCUGCCAGCGCAAGCGUUCCAAUGUUGUCUAAGCGGUUUCUCUGAGGUUGAAGAUAAGACAGAGUUUGAUGCUUUGGUUGGUAAUGGUGACCCAUUAAAUUGCAAGGUUACGAAAUGUGAUUUUGGUCUGUAUGACGUAUCACUAUCAAACGCUGCGAAUAAAGAUAUUGGUGAGGUGCUUCGUGAAAAUUUGAAGAAAGGAAAGCAAGAAGUUGUCAGUCCAGUUGCUCUAAAGAUUACAAAAUUAUCACUUCCUGCCUGUGACGACCUACAGCUAGGAGAAUAUCAUGAUUUAAUGGUUUCACAUGUGGAAAGCCCUUUGCAGUUCUGGUGCAACCAGGUAAGACAGUCUACUCAGCUGGACCAAUUGGUGAGUGAGAUGACAAGUCAUUAUGACCAGCGCAGAACUACUUCUUUGGAUGACUUGAAACCUGGAGAAGUCUGCGCUGCACUUUAUACUGAUGAGUCUUGGUACCGAGCCAUUGUUAAGGAUAUCAGUCAUACAAAUGAUAUUACUGUCUUUUUCUGUGAUUUUGGUAAUACAGAAGUAGUCCCUGGUAAGUCUGUUAAAGCCCUGGAUAUCAAGUUUUCACAUUUUCCCGUUCAAGCAAUUGAGUGUGGUCUUCAAGGUGUUGGAGACUCUACAAAUGCAAUGACCGAAACCUUCCAAGAAAUGACAGCAGAGAAGCAUUUAGUUGCGAAAGCACUAAAAAAAGAAGGUCUCAAAAUAUUGGUUGAGCUGUAUGAUACAACAGGAGAAAUUGAUGUGAAUAUUAACAAGGAACUAGGAAUACUUCAAAAACCUGAUAUAAAAUCGAUCAGUACUUCUGCAGAUUCAGUUGCAGUGUCAGUAACGAAAUUUCCCCAACGUGCAGUGACAAUUGGACGUUCAGAAGAAGGGUAUGUGUCAUACAUUGAAAGUGUUAAUAAGUUUUAUGUACAGUUGGUGACUCAAGAGGAAGCACUCGGACGAAUGAUGAAUGAUCUUGAAUCACAAUGCUCAAAUAGUACAAACUAUGUUACUGAACUGAAAUGUGGGAUGCCCUGCUGUGCUAAAUACUCGGCUGAUGGAGCUUGGUAUCGAGCUGAAGUUGUAGAAAUCACUGGUGACCAAGUAAAAGUGUUGUUUGUUGAUUAUGGUAAUACAGAGACAAUUGUGAGGUCUGAGGUCAAGAUGAUCACACCACAGUUAUGCAGUCUGCCACCAUUUUCCAUUGAAUGCAAGUUGGAUAUUGACAGUAUAGAAUCCAUCACCGAGGUGUACAACUCCUUCUCAGAACUAACUUUGGAAAAGACGCUCAGUGUGACUUUCCUGAACUCUGAUCAACCUUGUAAAGUUACCCUCAUUCAUGAAAACCAGAACAUUAAUGAAGAAAUUGUGAAGAGGUUUCAACCAGUUGUUGAGGCACCUGCAAUCAUUGAGACAAGUCAUGUAAAACCACAACCAACUAAUGCAACACAAAAGGAAAUCAUGUAUCCCUCUCGUGAACUUGAGACUGGAUGUCCAAUUGAUGGUUAUGUUUCCUAUAUUGAAUCCGCCAAGAAAUUCUACAUACAGCUAGCAUGUGAGGAAGAGAGACUGGGUACCUUGAUGUCAGAUGUUGAGGCAGAAUACAGCACUGCUAGUAAAGAUGCUAUCAUUGAACUGAAAUGUGGAAUGCCCUGCUGUGCUAAAUACUCGACUGAUGGAGCUUGGUAUCGAGCUGAAGUUGUAGAAAUCACUGGUGACCAAGUAAAAGUGUUGUUUGUUGAUUAUGGUAAUACAGAGACAAUAGUAGGACCGGAAGUCAAGAUGAUCUCACCACAGUUAUGCAGUCUGCCACCAUUUUCUAUUGAAUGCAAGUUGGAUAUUGACAGGAUAGAAUCCACCACCGAGGUGUACAACUGCUUCUCAGAACUAACUUUGGAAAAGACGCUCAGUGUGACUUUCCUGAACUCUGAUCAACCUUGUAAAGUUACCCUCAUUCAUGAAAACCAGAACAUUAAUGAAGAAAUUGUGAAGAGGUUUCAACCAGUUGUUGAGGCACCUGCAAUCAUUGAGACAAGUCAUGUAAAACCACAACCAACUAAUGCAACACAAAAGGAAAUCAUGUAUCCCUCUCGUGAACUUGAGACUGGAUGUCCAAUUGAUGGUUAUGUUUCCUAUAUUGAAUCCGCCAAGAAAUUCUACAUACAGCUAGCAUGUGAGGAAGAGAGACUGGGUACUUUGAUGUCAGAUGUUGAGGCAGAAUACAGUACCGCUAGCAAAGAUGCCAUCAUUGAACUGAAAUGUGGAAUGCCCUGCUGUGCUAAAUACUCGGCUGAUGGAGCUUGGUAUCGAGCUGAAGUUGUAGAAAUCACUGGUGACCAAGUAAAAGUGUUGUUUGUUGAUUAUGGUAAUACAGAGACAAUUGUGAGGUCUGAGGUCAAGUUGAUCACACCACAGUUAUGCAGUCUGCCACCAUUUUCCAUUGAAUGCAAGUUGGAUAUUGACAGGAUAGAAUCCACCACCGAGGUGUACAACUCCUUCUCAGAACUAACUUUGGAAAAGACGCUCAGUGUGACUUUCCUGAACUCUGAUCAACCUUGUAAAGUUACCCUCAUUCAUGAAAACCAGAACAUUAAGGACACAAUUGUGAAGAGGUUUCAACCAGUUGUUGAGACACCUGCACCAAAACAGAUUCAGGAACCACAAGUAGCUCAGUCAUACGCAUCACGUACUGUAGAGACUGGACUUCCAAUUGAUGGUUAUGUUUCCUAUAUUGAAAGCACCAAGAAAUUCUACAUACAACUAGCAUGUGAGGAAGAGAGACUGGGUACCUUGAUGUCAGAUGUUGAUGCAGAGUACAGUACUGCUAGCAAAGAGACUAUCAUUGAACUGAAAUGUGGGAUGCCUUGCUGUACUAAAUACUCUGAUGGAGCUUGGUAUCGAGCUGAAGUUGUAGAAAUCACUGGAGACAAAGUUAAAGUGUUGUUUGUUGAUUAUGGUAAUACAGAGACAAUUGUAAGGUCUGAAGUCAAGAUGAUCACUCCACAGUUAUGCAGUCUGCCACCAUUUUCCAUUGAGUGCAUGCUUGAUAUUUCAAGCAUUGAUUCAUCUCCAGAUGUGUACACGCAUUUCUCAGCACUGACUUUAGAGAAGACUCUCAGUGUAUUGUUUCUUGAUGAGCAGCAUCCAUACAGAGUUUCAUUGAACCAUGAUAAUCAAAACAUUAACAGAAAAAUGGCAGACAAGUUUUAUUCUCCUAAUGAUGAAAAUAAACUUGCCAGUCAUGAAGAUAGAUUCACCAAGAUGGUCUUCCAAGUUGGGCAGGUUGAAGAAGUUUUUAUCUCCUCAGUUGUAUGUCCAUGGAACUUCCAUUGUCAGUUAGCAAAUGCAGGUACUCAACUGACAGAUUUGAUGGAAGAAAUCCAAGCAUAUAGUACUAAUGUUGAGAAUGAGUCAGCUAUGGAAGUGGUCAUGGUUCAAAUGCCAUGUUUGGCUCUAUUUUCUGAUGGUCAGUGGUAUCGCGGAAGUAUAGCCGAAAUUCAUGAGUCUUCAUAUUCAAUAUACUUUGUUGAUUAUGGAAACUCACAGGAAUGUUCAUUUAAAGAUGUGCGUGCCAUCUCAAUCAAAUUUUUACAACUAGAAGAACAGGCCAUUGCAUGUUGUCUCUCUGGAGUUCAGAAAAAAUCCAACACAUGGCCUCAUGAGGCGGAAGUCCGAUUUGAGGAACUUGUGCUGGAAAAGAGCCUGACAGCCAAAGUUGUGGCUUCUGGUAUUGAGAGUUUAGAUGUUGACUUAUUUGAUGAAGAGAUAUCAGUAUCAGAGCAGAUGCUUGUUGAGGGAUUGGUGGAGAGGAGAGUGAUUAAAGACAAAGAAACCUCUUUGGAAAAUCAUACAAAUAAGGAUGAUGCUGGAGAAAGUCAUGAAGUCCAUCUUAAAGAGGAAGAUGGGUGUUUGGACUUGGAGAAACAGAUAUUAACUGCUGAAGGGGAUGAAGAAACUGUACUUGAUACUGCUGUGAUAGAGGCUAGUGGCGAGAAAGAGUCUGAACAGCCUACUCUAGAAGACCUUGCUGGCCAGCCCACUCCAGAAGAACCUUCUGGCUCACAAGAGGAACCUGCUGGCUCUCAAGAAGUUCUGCCAUCAGAUGCUGAUCUAGGCAAGACUGGCCUAAUCAACAAACUGCAGCCUCUACCAGCUAGUGUUCCUGAACUAUCCUUCUCUAUUGCUGAGAUGGAAUUGGGUGGCAGUGAAGAAGUUUACGUCAUCAAGGUAGUUUCUGCACCCAAGAUAUACUGCCAGCUGAGUAGAUUGAGUUUAGUUCUUCAGUCCCUGUCUGUUACUUUGCAGGAUGAUUACUCCAAGAUUGAAAUUGGAGAGCUUCUAAUGGCAGAAUUGGAAGUUGGCACUCCAUGUAUGGUGUUGAGUAUGGCUGAUGCUCAAUGGAAGCGUGCCAUAACCACAGGAAUCAUAGAUGACUCCAAUGUUGAAGUCUUCUUCGUUGACUAUGGUAACACUGCAGUUGUUCCUGCAGACCACCUUAGACUCAUAAAGCUUGAGUAUUUGAAGAUUCCAGCCAUGGCCAUAAAGUGUUACAUCCGGGAAAUCAUCCAGUCAGGGACUAUUUCGUCUAGUAAUAUCACAUCUUUGUUGCACGAUCAGCUUAAUGGAAAGCCAUUUACAGCUAAAGUUCUUCAGCAGCCAUACACAGGUGUUUACCUGGUGGAGUUGUACGACAAAGGCACCAAUGUAGGCCAGUCAUUUCUUGAUAGUAUCAAACCUACAACUGAACAUUUGAAGAAACCGGUUGUUGAGACGCACAUUAUUGAGUUUGCGCAGUCACCAGCUGGAAAGGAGAAAGGUAAAUGUAGGAUGGUGUCAAACGAUGCCCAAAGCCCAGAUUUGAAUACUGGGAUAGUGGAUGUCCAGCCAAAUAUGCCAUUGGAUGAACUGUUGUCAUAUCCUCAACCAGACCGUCCUCUUGUAUAUCCUGCCAAAGAAGAGCUGCUGAAGUCUGUAGUAUCCCAUCUAAUGCCAGACAUUAUUGGUUCAGAUACUCAGUUGACGUUCCUCACGCAAAUGUCACCAAGUAACUUCAUCUGCCAGUUUGCUGAAACUGCAGAAGAGCUGAAAACUGUUACUCAGAAGGUGAAUGAUUUUUGUAAUGGAAAACAUAGCACUGUUCUAAAUGAGCCGCUCCCUGGUACGCCAUGCUUAGCUCAGUUUCCUCAUCAUGGUCCAUGGUAUCGUGCUGUGAUCAUUGCUAUUUCUGAUGUUGAGUGUGAGGUCUAUUUUAUGGAUUAUGCUAACACUGAAACUGUUCCUCUGACUCAUCUCCGGAUCAUUCCAUCUGAGAUGUUUGAAGUUACUGCCCAAGCCCUGAAGUUUUGUCUUGCAGAUGUGCAACCAAUUGAUAAUGACUGGACAGAUGAUGCUAAAACACUAUUUGAAGAAUGGUGCAAGGAUAAAUUACUAACAGCAAGAGUUGUGAGUAUAAGCUCAGACAAGAAAGUUCAAGUCAAGUUGUAUGAUGUCAAUAAUACAGAUAUUAGUAAGAUUCUGAUAUCAAAAAAUUAUGCCAAACCUUUAGGCGCUGUGAAGAAAGAGCCUGUCACAUUGUCAGAAAGUGCCAACCAAGAAAACAUAGAUGAAAAAAGCAUUGUAGAUGCAGCUAUUGCCUUGGCAACAGUGCAUCCACCUGAAGGUGUGAAUUAUGACGAAGAUAUAAGUGGUGAAGAAAUAGUUUUACAAAUGGGGAAUGUGAGUGAAUUAGAAGUUGCCAUGGCAACCAAUGCUAAAGCAGAUGGUUGCCAGAGUGAUUCUACAGCUGUACAGGAACAUGAUGUAUGGGGAGAUAGUGACGAUAGACUGCUUGAUACAACGCAGGAAACAAUCCCUGAAGCAUUACAGAGUGAAACAGUGAUAGAGAUGACAAAUGCAGAUAAAAUCGCAUUGCAAAGCGAUACGAGUGAAGAUUUUCUUGAGAAGAGUGAUGUUAGCAUUCAAGAAAAAGAGAGAUCUGAAGUCAAGGAGGGUGUUAAAUUGUUUGGUACACCUCAGAGCGAAGAUUUUCUUGAAACUGAGCAGACUGGAAAGAAUGUUGAAUCAAAAAAAGCUGAAAAAUCUUCAGGUAAGGAGGGUGAUAAAUUGUUAGAUAUGCCAUUGAGCAAUUGGAGUGAAGAUUUCCUUGAAACUGAACGGGCUGGAAAGAAUGUUGAAUCAGGAAAAAAUGGUGCAAGAUCGGAAAUUGAGGAUGGUGAUGAAUUGUGUGAUACACCACAGAGCAAUUGUAGUAAUGAUUUUCUUGAAAGUGCACACAAUGAAAACAAGAAUGUUGACACAGACACUGCAAAGUCAGAAACCAUUUUUGAGACACUGCGAAGUAAAGAUUUUCUAAAAGCAGAUGUGGCUGCAAAUGAAAAUGUUGAUUCUGAAAAAGAUGGAGAAGGAUCAGGAAAUACGGAGGUUGAUGAGUUUUGUGAGGAUUUUCUGGACAGUAUUGAUGAUGGAACCUUGCAAAAAAAACUACCAGACACGAGAGACUGGGCAAUAUAUGAAGAUUCCACUCCUGUGAAAGCAAUACCGAAAAUAAACAUAAUAUCAGUUUCUGACAACACCAAUUCUUGUGACAUUUCUGACUACACUGAAGAUCUUGAAGAGGACAGCAUAGAAGGCGAUAGUCAGUAUGUUGCCAUGGAGACAAAGAUGAAAGAACCAGAUGAAGGUAUAGGUGAAUGUGACACAGACUUAGUUAUGAACACAAUGAUGGUAGAGGCUACCUCUCAAGACGUUAGCACAAAAAUUGAAUUUGGUGAGGAUAUUUCUUCAGAAAAAAAAGAUGGCUAUGAACAUUUGGGAAAGAUCGAUAGCAGAGUACUUGAUGGAGCAGGUGAUGGGCUCUGUACAGAUAAGACCGUUUUGGAAACAGAUGUCAUUGUGGCCACUGUUGACUGUGCUGGUGACAGAAGAAAAUUGGUGAAGCUCAUACCAGAGGAGUUGGGAUGGACUGAGAGUACAACCAGUCUGAGCGAUAUCAGGAAGCUCUCCUCACUAGAAAUGGCAGAGGAUGUUGUAGACAGAUCCGAGACUGAACUGCCAAGGGGAAAGACUAGUGGUGAUAGUGGGGUAUCUGAGGUUCCUGGCGAAGGGGAGUGGUCAAGCCCUGGAAAGACAGCUGAUGCUGAGAUGAUGAGUUUGUUUGUCGUGACAGAAGCCAAACCUGGUGAUAUAAGUGAACACAGUGGUGUGUUUAGUGAUGAGAAUACUGUGGGGGAUGACAAUGGGCAGAAAAAAGACCCAAAAGAAGAUGUUCCAGCCGAGUUAAUGAGGACCAAGUUGCCAUUACAAAGAAAAAGUCGCGCUAGUACAUUUUCAUUGGAUGACUGGGUGGAUAUAAACACGGAUGAUAUGGCGGAUACUGACACAGAAGAUCCUGGUGAAGAAUUAAAAAACGAGUGGAAAUCACAAAAGAAGAAAGGUCAGACAGAAUGAAGAAAACUGUCUUGGAUUAUCAUCAAUUUAUUAUUAUUUUUUUGAAAAAUUUGUAUUCCAUCUUGUAGCAUAUACACACAAAAAUUACAAUUCUCUGCAAAGUAUUAUUAUUAGAGCAGUUUGGGAUAUAUUUUUGUGAACUUAUUGGAAUUGUGUUUGCAAGGGCUUCACUUCACAAAGGUUUCUGCCACUCUUUUGCCUAAAGAACCAUGUUACUAAUUUUUUACCUAAAUCAUGAUUUUUGAACGUUUUUGCUUGCAUAAAAUUAAGUGAUUGACCAAACCGGUCUCUGUCAUGCUUCAUUCAGUGUUUUAACUGGCAUGUCUGAUCUUCUGUCCUUUCUAUGUAGCCCCUAUACUUAAAUUUGCCAGUUGUGUAAGAUACAAAUUUACAACAUACAUGUACCACCAAAUGAAAAGCAGAAAUUCACAAGUUGCAUAGUUUAAAUUUUGAAUAACGCUUGUAGUAAAGCUGUCCUCGCCUUUUUUUUUUAUGCAAAUGUCUGUAAUACUGUGAUUUUAUUGAACUCAAAGAUCAGUGCAUUAUAAUGAUUUAUGUUACGAUGUAAAUAUAACUAUUAUUUGCCAUGGCAGAGAUAGAAUAGAGGUAAGGUCCGAGUGGCCACUGUAUGUGGUGUUUGAUGUCUUAAGACAUCAGGAUUUUUAAUAUCAAGAAAUAUUUCAGGAUGUUUGUCAGUUCUGCAGAUUUUCCAGGGCCAGCGAGACCUGCUAGUGAUGCAGACUCUUCACAUGCCAUGUAU